AGGCACAAAAUUUCUGGGCUUCAAGCAACAAUCCAGUGGCUACGCAAUAAAAUAUUGCAAACAAAGUGAAAAUUGUUCAGUUGGUAGAUUAAUUAGUUCUUUAUAAACGGUGAACGAGUGUAGACUAAAUCAAUUAGUAUUGGUAUUUGGUUUUUAAAAUGACAAACACAUUAGCUGUUUGUCUCUACGCUGUUUUAGUACUUUGUUGUACGAGUUUGGGCAGCGCUCGGCAAGUUCCAAAACAAUGUUCUAAAGGACCUGAAUAUUGGUGCCAGAGUCUAAAGCAGGCCGCAGAAUGUGGAGCUGUUGGCCACUGCAUCGGUUCCCAGUGGGAAUUGGAGAAACCAUCAUACACCCCUAAUGAUGUGUCCAAUAAAUUUGUUAGAUUCUUCAGAAAACUGAAGGAUGUUAAAGAACUUAUUAAUGAGGAAUACUUGGCGGCACGCAUGAAGUCUGAGUGCCGGGAUAUCCAAUACCCUGAAAUUGUGAAGCUCUGCAAGGAGAACACUAAAGAUCUUGAGAACUACAUCAUUCAUGUUCUGUCAUCUGACACCACUCCGGAGACCAUGUGCCGACUCAUCAGCAUGUGUGAUAAUGACAAGCUUGAUGCCUUGAAAUCGAAGAAACACGAGGAGCCGAAACAUAAACCGACUCUGUUGGGAGCUUCAAAAUGCACAUGGGGUCCAUCUUACUGGUGCAGUAACUUCAGUACCGGCCGCGAGUGCAAGGCGACUCGUCACUGCGUCCAGAAGGUGUGGUCCACCGCCAAGUACCCGCAAGAUGACGACGGCAUCUGCAAGAUCUGCAAGGACAUGGUCACCCAGGCCAGAGACCAGCUGCAGAGUAACGAGACACAGGAGGAACUGAAAGAAGUGUUCGAGGGUUCGUGCGCGUUGAUCCCAAUCAAGAUAAUCCGCAAGGAGUGCGUGACGCUGGCCGACCAGUUCGUGCCGGAGCUCGUAGAGACGCUGUCCUCGCAGAUGAACCCCGACGCGGUGUGCUCCGUCGCUGGCCUGUGUAAUAGCGCCAGGAUCGAUAGGCUCAUUGAGGAUUAUAACGCAACUCUGGAGCUUAGGAAGGACUGUUCUACCUGCAAGCGUACUGUCGGCGUCCUACGCAAGAGGUUCGAUGCAGCCAGCUAUGAAAACUUCUUGGUCGGAUUGCUGCAAGUAUGCGGUCAAAUGGGCUCUCUAUCAGAUUCCUGCUCGAUGCUUGUGUUCAAGUACUAUGAGAACAUUCUGGACGGCAUGGCCAAGGACUUCACACCCAAGACGGUCUGUCACAUCAACGGUCAGUGCUCUUACCAGUUCCACUCACACAACCUGUACACCUUCCCUGAUGAGGAGAAUUUGGACUCGUUGAAGGCUACCGAUGAUGUGCCGUGUGAGUUCUGCGAGCAAGUAGUGAAGCACAUGCGGGACACGUUGGUCGCCAAUACCUCUGAGAUCGAGUUCCAUAAAGUUAUGAUUGGCCUCUGCAAACACUCGGGCGAGUUCAAAUCCGAGUGCCUGUCCCUGGUGGAACAGUACCACGAUAAGAUCUAUUACUACCUCGUGUCUGAGCUGAAGCCGGCCACCAUCUGUGGCUUCAUUGGUAUCUGCAGUAACAACACUCAAGUGGAAAUCGCCCCGCUCCUGCCUGCUGAGCUAACGAUCAAGGCCGUGCCUCUAUCGGAGAAAUUAAUCGGCACUGAUGAAGCUAAGAGCAAUGAAAAUAAGAAUGUCGGUCGCGUGGAAAUUCCCAAGAAACAGGCCAACGUACAGAUUGUAGGCCAGGAGCCGCUGCCAAUCGAGCGCAUGUUCGUGUCGCGCCCGCAGAACCAGAUGGUGUGCUCAUUCUGUCAGUACUUCCUGCACUACCUGCAGGUCGAACUCAGCGAUGAUAACACUGAGGAGGCAAUCAAGAAGGCAGUGGAGAACGCGUGCAACGUGUUCCCGCAGGAGAUGAACAACCAGUGCCGGCAGUUCGUCACCGAGUACGGCCCCGCCGUCAUCGCGCUGUUGGUGCAGGAGAUCGACCCCGCUAGUGUUUGCCCAGCGCUGAAUCUGUGCGCGCAGACGGAGGAGGUCCGUCGGGUGGCCAUCAACUCUGACAAGUCCAACUGCCCGCUGUGCCUGUUCGCCGUGGAACAGCUCGACGCUAUGCUGCAGAACAACAGAAGUGAAGCCAACAUUCGCAAAGCCCUCGACGGUCUCUGCAACCACUUGUCCGCGAAACUGCGCACCGAAUGCGUAGACUUCGUCGACACAUACACGAAACAGCUCAUAGAGAUGCUGGUGGCGGAUAUGAACGCUCAGGAGAUAUGCGUCUACCUCAAGCUGUGUAAGGACGACUCGAGAAUCGACCCACUGAAGCUGACUUCUAUAGACAAGUACCAUGAGAAGCCCGAGCUGCGUGGAGACAGGAACAACAGACGCAAGCCGAUGCUGCCCGCUCAUAUGCUAGAGGGCGGCGAUAUUGCAACGAACGAGAUCCCGGACGACACGGUGAACGGUCAGCCGGCACGCGCCUUAUCCGCCAACACCGCGUGCGUCAUGUGCGAGUUCGUGCUCAAGGAGAUCGACGACCAGAUCAAGGACAAGCAUAACGAUGACGAGAUCAAGCGUGUAGUCCACGGUGUGUGCAAGCGCAUGCCGAAGUCUGUCCGCUCCGAGUGUGACAAGUUCGUGGAGAAGUACGCGGACCUCGUGAUCAGCCUGCUCGCCCAGGAGUUAGACGCCGAUGAAGUUUGCCGCGAGAUCAAGCUGUGCGACGGCAAGAUGUUCGAUCGGGUUAAAGCCGAGAUCCUGGACUGCGCGGUGUGCGAGACUGUGGUGAUGGCGGUGAAGAAGGUGCUGAGCAACGACAAGGUGGACCGCAACAUCGUACACAUCGUGGAGAAGUCCUGCUCGCUGCUGCCCGCCAAGUACUACGAUAGGUGCCACACUAUGCUGGAGAUCUACGGCGAGAGCGUGAUCCACCUGAUCGAGACGUACGGCACUAAGGGGGUCUGCCAGAAGAUCGGCAUGUGCGCCGCCGACAGCGCCGCAUAUGUGCGCAUGUACGGCGGGAACUAACUUAAACGGGGUGACUGCAGUUUUUUUAUCAUUACUCGUAAUCUCUCUAGUUAGCAAUAAGUCAAGUUUUUUUUGCCAAAUAUGCAUCAUAUACUAGGUUUGUUUAUAGAAUAUUGUAUAAUGUAUAAUUCCAGGUAAAUAAUUGCUUUAAGAAUUUUAUUUGUACGUAAUUUCCAUACUUUUCUUUUUCGAGAUUUGGAUACUUAACAAUCUCUAAAUAAUAAAUCUCUUAUGUUUUUAUUUUCAUUCUCUUUUGUUUAGUUCAUACCCGUGAUUUGGUAUAUUAUGGUCUCAUCUUAGGGAAGUUAGUUGAACUCAUCUUAAUAUAACCUAAGCACGUUUCAACCAAUACACUUAAUUAAGCCUGUGAUAAGACGCAUGUUUUGUAAGCUAUUGGAAAAUAAAAAUAAGGGAAUAAA